AGAUGACCUGACUUGACAGGAGUUUUGAACUCAGCAAGUAAAAAACAUGCGAAGGAAUGCCGUUACGCAUUUUUGUCCGACGCGCUAACGAUUCUGUUCUUUCGUAGCCCUUUAUAACGGUUUCAAAUUUUGGCGUAAGGUUAGCAAUUUCCGGGGAGGGUUAAAGUUGAUUACAUCGACUUCAGUACUUGACUGGUUCUUUAUUUUCUCGACCCCCAAAAGGAUGGUUGAAAGGCACCGUCAACGUAAUUUGAACUCAGAACCUAAGGACGGAUGAGAUGCCGCUAAGCAUUUUGUGAGCGCGCUAACGAUUCUGCCAGCUCGCAGCCUUCGACGCUCUGAUAAUAAUAACUCUUUCUACUAUUGGCACAAGGCCUGAAAUUUUGGUGGUAGGAGCAAGUCGGUUAUACCGAAGCCAGUGUUCAACUGGUACACAUUUCAUCGACCUCGAAAGGAUGAAAGAUAAAGUCGACAUCGGCAGUAUUUGAACUCAGAACGUAAAGAUUGAUGAAAUACUUCUCUGUUUUGUCCGACGCAUUAACGAUUAUACCAGCUCGCUGCUUUUAUUUUCUACUAUAGGCAUAAAAGCCUGAUACUUCAGGGGAUAAGAAUAGUCGAUUACAUCGAACCCUAGUGCUAGGCUGGUACUUAUUUUAUCGACUCCAGAAAGGAUGAAAGCCAAUGUUGACAUAGAUGGGAUUUGAACACAAAACGUAAACAGCGGUAACAAAAAGCGCGAGGUAUUUUGUUCGACGCUCUGAUAACAAUAAUAAAAAAUACUGCAGUAUCUAAAAGGUUACUGUUUAUAGUCCAGAAUAUAAGCUCUUACAAUCUACCAUUGAUUCUGCCAAUAUCUUUUUUUUUUUGCAUGUUAAGUUUCUUCUUUCGUAUACUAAACUACUGCUUAGAAUGUGUGGUUGUAUGGCGACAAGAGCCAGCCUUGGACAGUAGCAAUAUACACAUACACUCAUGUACACACAUACAUAGAUACAUACAGCUGUAAGAUAUAUGUAUAUACAUAUUCAUACAUAUAUUUAUUUAUUAUAUUGAGUUGUAUACAGUGUCGGUGUGACAAUCGUAUUGGCUAGCAGAAUUUAGGAGGCUUCUUCGUUACUCUCUGUGUUUAUAUGUAUAUAUAUAAAAGAGAGAGAGAGGAAGAAAGGGAAGGAUUUAUACAUAAAUAGUUGCAUUUAUUAUAUAUGUAUAUACAUACAUAGAACGUCGCCUACCAACAAAGAUGCCGUCGAGAGCUGAGGAUAUUAUGCGUGGAUUUAAACUACAUUGGAUGAAUUUACGAGAUGCUGACUCAGGCAAGAUUCUCUGGCAGUCAAGUGAUGAUCUAUCUCUGCCUAAUGUUGAACAUGAAGCUCGAGUCCCAAAGAAGAUCCUGAAAUGCCGGGCAGUGUCUCGAGAGAUCAACUUCUCAUCAGCUGAACCAAUGGACAAGUUCCGACUGGAGCAGAAGAUCAUGUUUAAAGGGAAAUGCUUAGAAGAAUGGUAUUUUGAAUUUGGGUUUGUUAUUCCCGGUUCCACCAACACUUGGCAGUCCACGAUUGAAGCAGCUCCUGAGAAUCAAAUGAUGCCAGCAAAUCUACUGAAGUAAGUGAGUUCCUGCAAUA